AUGAGGGAUGGUUACGGAAGCGAGAUCAUUGUUACGUCGCCUCCAGAGACUCCAGCAGAUGGAAGUCCCCUCAUUGCGUUAAUCUUUGGAGGAGGCUGGGCGAUCGGUACUGCUUAUCAACAGAUCCCAUAUGCACGUUCGCUGGCUGCAGUGUAUGGUGCCACUGUGGUGACCCUCUCUUACCGAUUGGCGCCCGAACAUCCAUUUCCAAUCGCUCAAAAUGAUGUCUAUGAUAGCGUCAUCUGGCUGGGUCAAAACGCUUCUACGUUUGGUGCUGAUGUCUCUGCUGGUUGGAUUCUGGGCGGAGUCUCUGCGGGAGGAAGCAUGACGGCAACAACUGCACAGAAGAUGGUCAACGAGAACGUGUCACCACCACUCAGUGGGAUGUGGAUCUGCGUCCCCAACAUUCUCCAUGAGUCUAUCGUGCCCGAAAAGUACAAGCCGGCUCUGGUUUCACGCGAGCAGAACUCCGAAGUACCUGGCCUCAGCAUGAAAGAUCUCGACUUUCUUGACACGCUAAUGGAGCAAGACAUAACCAGUUCAGAUUGGUCUCCUUUCAAUGCUCGGAGCCCUCACCAGAGAAUGCCACCCGCGUACUUGCAGGUCUGUGGCAUGGAUCCGCUGCGCGAUGAUGGCUUGAUAUACGAAGCUGUCCUCCGAGAGCAUGGAAACACGACCAAAAUUGACGUAUACCCCGGCGUACCCCACGUCCACUUCUCAAUGUAUCCUCAGCUAAAGUCAUCUAGAGCAGCACGUCUGGACGUUGUGAAGGGAUUCGGGUGGUUGCUGAACAAAGAGGUCAGUCUGGAUGUGAUCGAGUCUAUGGAACCUGCCGCGCCCGCAGGAGGUUAG